AUGCCGGAGCAGUGCGUGUCCGUCUCCGAGUUCGUGGAGGAGGUUCUGGAGGACUGGAGCUCGCCUACCACGUCAUCCUUCUCCUCCAAAAUGAACGGAUGCCGGAAUACCGUGCACCUGCUGGAGGAGGCUCUGGAUAGUGACCGUUUGUUACUGCAGAAGAUGAAAAAAGCAGCCAAAGCCAAAUACGCGUCUGGACAAGAGCACGUGUCCCACCUGGAGCAGUACAUCCUGUCCAUGGAGAAGCUGUCCAUCAACUGCCACUCUAGUGGCGAGACAGAGGUGGGCUCCGCCUUCUGCCGCAUGGCCGACUUCUCCAAGGAGCUGGUCUCGCCCAUCAACAACCUGUUGAAAAGCAUGCUCCACAACAUCAACUUUUUCCUGGACUCCCUAGUAAAAGGAGACCUACGUGAAGUCAAGGGGGAUCUGAAGAAGCCUUUCGAUCGAGCGUGGCGAGACUACGAGAGCAGAUUCAAGCAGGUGGAGAAGGAGAAGCGAGAACUGGCGCGUCAGUACGGGAUGGUGAGGAAUGAGGUGAGCGGCGGCGAGAUCGCCGAGGAGCUGGAGAAGGAGAGGCGGGCUUUCCAACUCAGCAUGUGCGAGUAUCUGAUCAAGGUGAACGAGAUCAAGAGCAAGAGGGGAGUGGACCUGCUGCACAACCUCAUCAAACACUUUCACUGCCACAAUAAUUUCCUGCAGGAGUGCGUGGCCAGCACGCAAAGGCUGAAGCAAUACAUGGACGAGCUGAACGGCGUCCUUGCAUCCGUGAAGCAGCGUCAGGAGGAAGAAAAACGUCAAUUAGUCUCCCUCAGAGAUCAACUCAGGCCCGUUGUGCACAGCCAGCAGGACAGUUUAGCAAAGCCGGUUUACAGCAUGCAUCAGCUGCUGGGAGACAAACAGUACGGAACAGAAAGGACCGGAUUCCUUUACAAGAAGAGUGAUGGGUUAAGAAAAAUGUGGCAGAAGCGGAAAUGCUGGGUUCACAACUGCUACCUGACCAUCGCGCACGCGACGCCCAACAAAACCCCCACCAGACUCAACUUACUCACCUGCCAAGUCAAACCCAGCGUGGAGGACAAGAAGUGCUUCGACCUCAUCUCUCCAGAUAAUCGCACGUAUCACUUCCUGGCUGAAGACGAAGCUGAGUGUCUCGCCUGGAUCUCGGUACUGAGCAACAGCAAACAGGAAGCGCUGACGGCGGCGUUGGACGGCGUCCGGAAAGGCGGCACCGAGAGCAGCGUGGAGGAUCUGACCCACGCCAUUGCCCAGGACAUCCGACGCAUGCCCGGGAACAACCGCUGCUGCGACUGCGGCGCUCCCGACCCCGGUUGGGUGUCCACCAACUUGGGCAUCCUGACCUGCAUCGAGUGCUCCGGUGUGCACCGCGAGAUGGGCGUCCACAUCUCCAGGAUCCACUCGCUCAGCCUGGACAGCCUCGGAACUUCGGACCUGCUGCUGGCCCGGAACGUAGGAAACAGCGGUUUCAACGAGAUCCUGGAAGCCAACCUGCUCAGUCCUUCCAUGAAGCCGUCGCAACACAGCCACAUGACGGAGCGAAAGGAGUUCAUCACGUGCAAGUAUCAGGACGUUCAGUUCGUGCGUCCGGGCCCCAACCCGGCGACGGCCCUCAGAGUCCUUCACGAAGCCACCAAGAACGCCGACAUCUACAGCUUGCUGCAACUGCACGUGCAGCGCACGCAACUUGGGCAAGCGCUGCACACCCACAUACAGGAGAAAGGGGAGACAGCCCUCCACCUGGCCGUCCUAUUGGCCGACAGGACGUCUCUCCACAUCCUGGACUUCCUGGCUCAGAACUGUUCCAACGUGGAUGUGCAGACGUCGUGCGGCAACACGGCGCUUCACUACAGCUGUCUCCACAACAAAAGCGACUGCGUCAAACUGCUGCUGAGGGCCAGAGCCAACACGCACAUCAAGAACGAGUUGGGAGAGACGCCAUUGGACGUGAGCCGCAGGCUGAAGCACAACCACUGUGAGGCGCUGUUGCAGCAAGCCCAAUCUAACCAUUUCGACCAUCACGUGCACGUGGAGUACGAGUGGCGCCUUCGCCACGACGACGUUUACGACAGCGACGACGAUUUCGAAGACAAGAACGGUCCCGUGAAGAAGGAGCGUUCGUCCUCGUCCUUCUCCUUCCCCUCGCGACCUUUCAACUUCGGGCUGACGUCUUCCGUUUCCUCGGCGCCCCCCGGCGGCGGGCUGCUGAGCGUGGGCCGGCGGCUGGCCACGGCCAUGGAGCACCACGUUAGGCCGCCCGCCCAGUCGCAAAGUCCCCCGCCGCCGCCCCCCUCUUCGCCCGCGCCGCCACUGCCCCCCAGGGUGAAGGCGCCCAACGUUCCUCCGCCGCCACCGCCGGCAGGUGAAGACCAAUUGGAGCAAGAUGAAGAAGAGGAAGUGUUCUCCCCCGUGACGGGAAACUGGAAAUGGACCCCUCAGGUCGCCGCCCGACACAAAAGGAGCUGCUCCGAGUCUAGUAACCACGAUUAUGGGAUGCCGGCCAAUCACGGGAGGAUCUCCAGUGAUGCGGAUUCAUCUUUUCAGAAUCCGUUGUCUCUCAGCUCGCUGACCGAACGUCCAGAUAGAGCCUAUCGCAGAGCAGACAGCGACACGAGCGGUGCCCGCCGUCAGCACCCUAGGAGAGCCUCUCCCAACGGCUCAUCGGUCAAUCGCCGCUCGCAGAGCUUCGAGAGCACUGGCCGAGGCCCUGCCCCUCAGCCGCUCCCACGCAGGUCGCUGCCUCGGGGAAGUCGAGGGGCCGCCCGUCGGGUCCGGGCGCUUUACGACUGCGAGGCCGACCACCAUGAUGAGCUGAGCUUCAGCGAGGGGCAAGUCUUGGUGGUCCUGGGGCAGGAGGAUCCCGACUGGUGGCACGGCUACAUUGAAGAGAAGCCAGAGCAGCGAGGCUUGUUCCCCUCUUCCUUCGUGCAGCCCAUGUCAAACUGA